AUGACGUCCGGUCUGUCGAGCCGUUGUGGUGCGGUCCGAGACCAGCGUAAUCCUUGGAGGCCAUCGAGGGUGGUCGGAAUUGUUUACAUUUUCCAGACUAGCUGCGGCCACUACCAGCGGCGUGGUUGGAUUAUCACAUCCGGGUGCCUUCGCGGGUGGCAUCAUAUGCGUUGUACUCGAGAUCACUGUCGCAGACCCUACCACGGCGUAAUCCAUCUUAACACAGAAAGAGAAGCGUGGUGGUGCCCCCGUGGGGUACAUCGCGCUGCCUUGCAGGUGUUCUGCUUCAUCGGGCGAAAGAAGAAGCUAAAUGUGAUCAUCGGACCGCUUGUGGAGAAGCUGGAUCUUCAGUUUCGGUUCAGUUUCUCGUGGGGGUCGGGCCAUGCUACACCUUCGUGCCAGAGCACAGCCCGUACUACGUCGUGCCCCGCAUCCACGACACUUCUAUCGCGCGCCCCUACGUCAUCGGCUUUCUACUGGACACCUACGCUUGGAAUCGGAUUCGAGCCGGGUUAA